GAUUAUUUUUUUGUUAAUUACUUUGUAAUAUUUUAGUUAUAAUUUAAAAAUCAAAGAAUUAAAAAAUUAAUAAUUAAUAUUUUAUUAUAAUUUAAAAUAUAUAGUGGUCAUAUAGUGAUUUAUUUAGAUCUAAAAAAUAAUAGUUCCCAACACUAAAACUAAAACAUGUCCAUAUCAAGGACAAAAAAAAUUUAUUAAGGACAAUAAACACAAUGUUGACAGGUGGAUGUAAUUCUUUACAGAUAGUUACAGAUUUUGAUUUAACAUUAACAAAACAACAUGUAAAUGGAAAAAAGGUUCUUAGUAGUUUUGGAAUUUUUAGCAAAUGCAAGCAACUUCCAGAAAUAUAUACAAAAGAAUCAAAUCGUCUUUAUAAAAAAUAUAGACCAAUUGAAAUAGAUCCUGAUUUAUCAAUUCAAAUAAAAACAGAAGCAAUGACAGAUUGGAUGAUAGCUGCAGAAGAAAUACUAAAAGGAAUACCUUUUGAUCCUAAUGAAAUAUCAGAAGUAAGCAAGAUUUAUGGAACAAAUUUAAGGGAUGGUACAAAAGAACUUUUAACAAAAUUAUAUCUUGCUGAAGUUCCAGUACUGGUUUUUAGUGCUGGUUUAGGAGAUAUUGUUCAAGCUAUUUUAGAAAACCAAGAAGUUUUAUUUAAUAAUGUAAAGAUAAUCUCAAAUUUUCUUAAAUAUGAAGAUGGAAAAUUAGCAGGAUUUCAAAAUGAAGGAUUAAUUCAUGUUUUUAAUAAAAACGAACAUGCUAUAGAACAAGAAUAUUUUAAAGUUUUUGAAAAAAGAAAAAAUAUUCUUUUAAUGGGUGAUACUAUAGGUGAUGCAUCAAUGGUUGAUGGAAUGUUAAAUACAUGUGCUGUUUUAAAAAUUGGUUUUCUUUAUGACAAUGUUGAAAAUAGUCUGGCUUCAUAUAUGGAAAAAUUUGAUAUUGUCUUAGUUGAUGAUCAAACAAUGCAAGUUCCAAUUGAUAUAUUACGAUUAUUAUUAUAAAAGAAUUCAACUUUUUAAUUUUUAUUAUUUAUAAAGUAUCUCUUUUUCACUUUUAAUCUCUAUCUUGCAAUUUAUUUAUUUUAUUUAAAGCUGUUUAACAAACUAUGUUCAAAAAUAUCAUUUUACAUUAUUUUCUUUAUCAUUUAUAAAUUGUCUUUUUAGUGUGAUUUUAUAUAUUAGAUAUUUAUAUAUUUUUUAAAUAUGUAUGUAUCUUUUAAUAGAAAUUGUUAAAAUCUAAUUAAUCUUAUUAAAAUAAUAAAAUAAAAAUGUAUUCUCGCUUAUAUUUAAAUUUAUAUAAUUUAUCUUUUUAAAUUAAACAAAAUCUUAUUUGUAUUUUAUAUUAUUAUCUUCAAAGAUUGAGACAAAAUUUUGAAAAAUGAUAUGUAACAUUUUUUUUUAAAUAAUUAUUAUUAAAUUACAAGAAGAAAAAAAUUCUAUUUUUUGAAACAUAAUAAUGAUAAUAUGUUCAAUUCUGUUAAAUAAUCAUUCAUAAAAUUCCCUAUAAUAAUGAAUACAUAUUACUUUAACAUAUGUUAAAAAAAACAAAUUGAGAACCGUUGAUCAUUGAUUUACCUGAUACGUUACUAACCAAAAGCUACUUUUGUGCCUUUCGUUUAUUAAAAUUUAAUUUUGUUAAUCUAAAACUAUUUCUACGUAUUACUAAUUAUAUAAAAAAUUUUAAAAACUUGAGUAAAAGUAUAAUAUACUAAAAGUAUAUUUUAAAAUUAAUAAUAAAUAAAAAUAUUAAAUGAAUAGUAUUGCAGAAGCUUGUAAUAAUCUCAAAAAAGAAUAUGACGGAUGCUUUAAGCUUUGGUUUUCCGAAAAAUUUCUUAAAGGAGAUUUAGAUGAUUCAAUGUGCUCAAAUCAUUUCAAAUUGUAUAAUCAAUGUCUUCAGGUAAUCAAACUUUUUUUCUCUUUAUAAAAUUUCAUUUGAAUUAAAUGUUCAAUUUAAAAAUAAAAAUUACAAUUUUAUAUGUAUCACAAAAAUGUAUGUAUCAUGAAAUUGAAAUAUUAAAAUAAUUUUUCAGAAAUUUUUUUUUAAAUUUUAUAAAAAUGGAUUCAGUUACAAUUAUUAUAAAUAAAUUAAAAUAUAAAUAAUUGUUAGAAAUAUAAUUAUAUUUAUUUUUUUAAUUAAUUUUUUUAAAUUAAAUUUUAAAAAUAUGUAAAAUAAUGCAAUAUGUAUUGUGCACAGUAAUAAUGAAAAUCAUGUAUAAUACAUGGAAUGUAUGGAUUGCACAAUUUUAUUUUCUUUUGAACACACAAUGAAUAACCAAGCAAAAUUUUUAUAAUUAUUAACGUAAUAUUAAUUUUUAAUUCACUAAUAUUUAAAUUAAUGUGCAAAUUAAUUAAAUUUAAUAAUAAAUUAUGGAAGCUUGUAAAGAAUUAAAAGCAAAGUAUGAUCGUUGUUUUAAUGAUUGGUUCUCUGAAAAAUUUUUACGCGGAAUUUAUGAUGAUAGUGAAUGUGCACCAUUACUUAAAGUUUAUACCAAAUGUGUAGCGGUAAGUUAAACACUGACAAAAAUUAACUUUCUUUAUUUUUAAAAUUCUAACCUUCUAUCUAUUUAAAGUAAAGUUUUAAUUUUAUAAUAGUAUAAAAAAAUUAUAUGAAAUAUGUAUGUAUAUAUGAUUAUUUAGAUUUUAAUUUUUACAUUUUAAAAUUAUAAACGUUAGAAUUAUUUUAAAAUCUUUUAAUCUAGAUAAAAUAGACUAUAAUAAAAAUUAAUAAAUUUCAUGUAUUAAAUAUAAAUGUAAAAAUUUAAUUUUUGUCAGAAUUUCAAUAAUUUUAAGAAUUUUGUGAUUAUUAUUAAUUUCUAUUUUAAUAUUAUAUUCUAGUUUAAUAUUAUAUAAAGUCAAUAUAAAUUUAUAUAAUUAUUUUGUAUUGUUAUAUUUUAUAAAUAUUUCAAAUAUACAAAUUAUUAUUAUUUAUAUUUUACCAUUAAAUAAUUGUUAUUUUGGUACAAUUUAAAAAAAUGUACAUUAUUAUGUUUCAGCAAGCAAUGAAAGAUCAAAACAUAAAUUUGGAUGAAAUAAAUAUAGCUCAUUUAGGAACAGAACAAGAAAAGAAAACUGAAAAUUGAUAAUUAUGUCUUUAAUAAUAAUUUUGAAUUCUUUAACAGAAUUUUUUUUUAUAUUUUAUUAUAAAAAUGUGUUAUAUAUUCUUUCAUAAAUAAUGAUUAUGCCUUUUCAUUUUUAUUAAUAAAUACCAAGUAUAAAUACUGAUUUUUAAA